UGUGGAGGAAGCGAUUACUGAAUAGACAAGUCUUGGUCGAGACACCGUGUUCCCACAUUUGCUGGGUACAGGUCACAAGAUGCAGAGCGAGAGCGGAGCAGUCAGUCUCACAGUCUUGGGAGGUGUGCGAUGGGUCCUGAAUCCUGCCAGCCUGAAAAACAGCACAAAGUCCCAGCCUGACCUGUGUCAAUGGAUAUUUUGCACAUGUUACGUCAACUAGAUGAGUCAGACAGAUAAAGAAGUCCUUUGACUUUAUGUGAUUGGAUGGGUACUCCUACAAGUGUCAGUCACCUUCCCAGUGAGUUCACGUCCAGCUUUCCACGCCAGCUCUUCGACAGAGACAUGUCCAAUGACAGCUGCAAUCUGCCCUUAAACACAGACACCUUUGGCCUGACCUGUAUCUAUGGCCUGGUCUUCUCUUUGGGUCUCCCCAGUAACCUGCUGUCUCUCUGGGGACUGUACCAAUUGGGUCGCUCAGGUGGUGGAGGCUGCCAGCUGGUCUACAUCCUCAACCUACUGCUCUCAGACCUCCUCCAGCUGCUCACCCUUCCCCUGUGGAUGAUUUACCUCCAGGGUGAGCACCACUGGCCCUAUGGCCAGUUGACCUGUGAGCUGGUGGGUUACGUGUUUUACGUGAACGUCUACGCUAGCGUCAUGUUCCUGUGCCUGAUAGCGCUCGACCGCUGUCUGGCCAUCGUGUACCCACUGAGCAGCCGCAGGGUGCGGACCGUCAGGGUGGCAGCGAUGUGCGGCGUGGCAGUCUGGAGCCUCACCUUCCUCUUCUGCCUGAGUGGACUCCUGCCAUCGGUCUUUGUUUCUGACAGGCUGCUGUGUCUGGAGCAGUACCCGGUCAGUCCUAAAUACGCUCACUUCAAGAUCACCACCGUGGCCCUCGGCUUCCUGCUGCCCUGUGCCAUACUAGGCUAUACCUCAGCCCACAUUGGCGUGACACUCCAAAGAUCUCCAUCCCUCUCUGACCACGAGCGCCACAAGAUCGUGGGCGUCCUGGUCAUCAUCACCAUCAACUUCAUUGUUGUGUUCGGGCCCUACCACCUCAUAGGAGGAUACAGGUUUGUGUCCCUGCUGCUAACCGAUGAGCCCUGUGGACUGGAGCGCUCCAUCUUUCUCGCCUACCGGCUCUGCUACGGUCUGACCAGCCUCAACACUCUGCUGGAUCCUCUCUUCUACAUCUUCCUGUGCACCGAUGCACGGCUCGAGCUGCGACGGUCCCUGCUGUGUUUGGGGAGAAGAGAAAACGGUCGCAAGAAGCUGACACUCAGUAGCAGAGCUCACCCAAGAACACAAUUGGAAAGUGCAACUGGACAUAACAAUUGUUUAGUGAUCCAACACGAAUCGAUUUGAGUCAAGGCAACUGCACCACCUAGUGGAAACACAUGUGUAUUGUUUGUUUGCAGUGUGCCUUUCAGAUGUCAGUGACUACAUUCAUCUGCCCUGUUGGUGUUUCCCCGCACCAAGUAGUGUUUUUAGUUCCUCUAAGGUCAUGUAGAUACUGAUUCAGAGGAUGAUGAAAUCGAAGACAUGAAUUACAAUAAAGGUAAAACAGUACAUUGUAAUGCUGAGCACAUUCAUUGUUACAUGUGUAUUGAAUCUUAAUGGUUCCUUAGAUGUACAAGCAUUGGAAGUAAGGACUGACAUUUGUUCAGAUAUGUUUGCUAUCUGACGUUAAAAACUGUAUAAAUUCAGGUUUAGCAUUUGGUUACUCUAGGUCAUUUUGUAAACCCUUGCUGUGAAAUGU